AUGGACAAUGAGCCGCCUGGAUCCAGUCAAGCUUUUCUUAAAAGCUUUGCGCAAGCUUCUGGUCCUCCACUCGGUACACAGCGUGCUCCGUUUGAGAUAUUGUCGAGUCCUGAGCCGGAGCCAAAACGCAGGAAAACAGCAAAUGAGGAAGGGAUAAAACCGGCCAAAUCCAAGAGCUACGACGGCUCUUCUAGACAAGAGACCACAAAGAUGCUCACCGAGUCAACAGAUGUCGGACCUAAAAAGAUAAGAUUCUACGCGGUAGCCGUUGGACGUAAUCCUGGGGUCUACAAGGACUGGUCGACAGUGGAAGCGUUGACCAGAGGAUUUCCAGGCGCAAAGCACAAGAAGUUUAAGACUGAACAGGAGGCGUUGGCAUAUAUCGAUAAGUACAGAGAGCAUGUCGAGAAGCUCUCUGGGCUGAUCCCGAGCCACCAGCCCGGCCGGGUGUUCGAAUUGCCCUCGUCUACGCGAUCUUCUGGACCGAGAGCACAUACAGCAAGCUUUUCAGAGUAUGAACCAACGAGUUAUGAAACGAUUCCAUCAGAACCACUAUCGCUACAGCAGAUGAGGAUGCUAUAUCCGCAGAUGGAACAGAACCUGGCAGAGAUAGAUCAGAACUUUGUCCCGCUGGACGAUGGACCCAAGCUUGUUCCGGAGCAGCAACAGGUUGUAGACCUGAUUGUGCAGGGCCACAAUGUCUUCUAUACUGGCUCUGCAGGAUGUGGCAAGAGCACAAUCCUCAAGGCGUUUGUCAGACAGCUAGAAGAAAAAGGCAAAAGAGUCAGGAUUGUUGCGCCAACAAAUUUGGCGGCUCUCAACGUAGGCGGCCAAACAACCUGGAGCUUUGCAGGGUGGACGCCCGACAGCAUGAAGCUGGGUAUUGACAAACUCAUGGAGAACUCUCGGGGUAAAGAAAGCUGGAAGAAAUUUGAUGAAACAGACGUAUUGGUAAUUGAUGAGAUCAGCAUGAUCGAGAACCUUCAGUUCGAGCGUUUGAACAUGAUUAUGAAAGCUUCGAGAGGGGAGAAGUAUUCUGGAGGUGCCUUUGGCGGGGUGCAACUAGUUGUCACUGGAGACUUCUACCAACUUGCCCCCGUAAAACCAUUCACUCACUGCAUGUGCGGGUGGGAAUUGGAAAAAGACAAUAAUAACAGCCCCAAGGAAUACAAGUGCGAGAACAGGGACUGCCGGGAAGAUGUGUUCUACGAUAUUGAUAUGUGGGCGUUUCGGAGCCAUGCUUGGGAAAAAUGCAACUUUAAGCAUGUAAAUCUCACUCAAAUUCACAGACAAUCAGACAUGAUGUUCAAGAGUAUCCUCAACCGCAUACGGACCGACGGCAAGAUCUUGAAGCCACACGCAAACGUUCUUCUGAACCACACGUCCGAGACUGAAGGCGCUAUUAUGUUGUUCGCUCGACGCUUCGAUGUUGACCGAGUCAACAGCGAGAACAUUGCCAAGAUACAAUCAGCAGCUCGCAUAUACAAGUGCGUCGACGACUUCUAUUGGCCUGGUAAUCACAGAAGCGAUAAGACUCUCGAAAAGAACACCUAUCGACUGCCUGAUGGCAGUCUAUCAACACUUAAAGAGCAUCGUUUCGACACACAAGUGCAACUGAAACAAGACCAGCGAGUAGUACUGCAAGCGAACCUUGACCCUGCUGUGGGCCUCGUGAACGGCGCUCAGGGCAAGAUCGUCGAAUUCAAGCCUUACGACGAGAAAGACCUACCGAAGGUGCCAGUCAAGAAAAACGAAGGCGGAGACUUGCGCGGCGACCACGCCGCGUACCGCGAAGCGCAAAUCAAGGCUUUUGGCGACGUAAACGGACACCAGCCUUGGCCCGUCGUGCAGUUCACAAACGGCGUUACCCGAACCAUAUUCGCUGACUGCACGGUGAAUUUGCUCGGAAACUACGAGCCGUACUGCAAGCUGUCAAGAACGCAGAUCCCUCUUACUGCAGGCUAUGCAAUCACCGUGCACAAGUCUCAGGGCAUGACGCUUGACCGCGUUACGGUUGAUCUUGCGCGAGCCUUUGAACCAAGUCAGAUCUACGUUGCUCUAAGCAGAGCACGAUCUCUAAAGGGCCUGACCGUAACUGCACUACCACGCUUCGACCUAGGUGGCGCAAACGCCCAAGUCAAGGAGUUCAUGGAGAAACACGUGAUCAAAAAGAAGCCCGAGCCAUAG